CCUACCUUCAGUUGGUUACAGGUUUUCAUAAAUGCACGGCGAAGAUAAUGGAUAUCGACGCGUUAUGUUUCAUUUAGUACUCAUAAAUAAUGAAGACAUAUGGCACACAAAAGAGCUCGGCACAUGUAAGAGUUUACUGGCUAAAGUUGAUGGAAUAUUCCAGUGCAAACUGUGUCCAGAAUCAACGUCACGACGGUACAAUGUCAAGGAAGGACACAUCAACAAGCACACACAACAUGCCGUCAAAGUUGGGGAUUUAUGGGUGUUAAGCUGCUUUUUGGAUUGUACUCCGAAACAAGACCGGUGCCAUUACCACUGCCCGUGUGGUAAACUCUUCCGGAGAAAGUUCACAUUUGUCCGACUCACGACCACGGUUUGCCCUUUUGUUCUGACAACAAACCAGACAGCUUCUGAGGAAAGAACUUCAGCAGAGUCCCCUAAAAUCCAAAAAGUGAAGAGAGAGCAAGUUCCGAAAGUGACAUGUUUUGUCUGCAAUGCAAUGAUCUCUAAGAAAAACAUUAAAAGACAUAUUGAGACACACAAUGCACGAGAUGAAGUGAAAACCAAGUCAUACCAACGUGGAAUAUGCGUUGAUAAACACCGCGGUCUCUACAUGAUCAGCAAGUCCAGUAUCGGUCCAGAUUACCCACUUCAUGUACAAAUGAACACUGUCACACAGCAGAUACAAUGUGAACAUGAAAAUUGCAAUUUAGCUUUGGGUGUUGCAGCAAGGGGCAAUGUAGGUAUUUAUCAGUGCCACCAUUUGCAAUCAGUUAUCAUAAAGAAGUGCAAAGCGUGCGGUCACUUCUACAGGUACCAAGAGCACAGGGAUGGUAUACACAAUUUUGACGACCACGUGUUCCUGUCAGUUCGCCUGUGCCACUGGUUCAGAGUUAACUUGAAGAAUCAUACAGCCGUUGGAAGGGCUGCCGAUAUCUUAUCAGAAGAUUCCGGCUUACAUUUUCCCGGAGACAAAAUGUUACAGGGAUAUCUGCACUUUGAGGCAAUGUGCGAUCACAAGUACAACUUUACCUGUGACAUCUGUGGCCGUUUUCCAUGUUGCCUGGUGACAGAUGCAAAUAGGAAAUGUGCAUUUCCAUUAGCAUUGUCACAAGUACCAGGGACAGAAACAGCUACAGAUGGAAUCAACAUGGAUGUGUUUUGGAGCCAAACGGUGGAGGCGUCUAUUUUACUUCGGGGUUUUGGAAAAGAAGCAGCCAACGUCGGGCGUGUUACACCUAGUUAUGACAACUGGGCUCCUUUCAUUGGAUUAGCCAGAAAAGAUGAAAAUGCUUUCAACACUGAAGCUGAAAAAGUUCGAUCUCUCAGAACCCAUCUUCGAGAUACAGAUUUUGAUACAGGGGAUAAGGAACUGACUGAAGAUUUCCUGAUCCAAAUGUUAUGUGAAAAGAAGGUAAAUAUGACAUAA